AUGAAGGAAUCUUCUUGGGGGUAUUCUUCUCAAAGCAAAGAUUACAAGAUAUACAAUAAGCGGACUCAGUGUGUUGAGGAAAGUGUUCACGUAAUCUUUGACGAGUCCUAUCCCUCCUGUGAGAAAAUCAACAAGGAUGAUCAAGAUGGGGAACCUUUGAUGGUUCCAGGUGAAGUCAUCAACAUGACAAAUGGAAAGGCAGACAUGAUGAGUCAAGUGAAGGAGCCAAGUGGAGACAAUGCAGGUUCUUCCUCAAGGGAACCAGAUUUUGGUGUAUACAAUGAAUAUGUGCCUCUUCUACGUGAUAACACCAGUGCUCUUAACAUGGCCAAGAAUCCAGUUCAACACAAAAGAACAAAGCGCAUUGAUGUGAGACAUCAUUUCCUCAGAGACGAUGUGGAGAAGGGGCUUAUCUGUAUGAAGUUCUGCAGUACAGAAGAUCAAAUUGCAGAUAUCUUUACCAAAGCAUUGAGUAGGGAGCAUUUUGAAAAAAAUAGGUUGAAGCUGGGGCUAUUGAAGCCUAAUUGA